AUGGCGUCCAAUGCCUCAUCCCCGUCAGCACUACGGAUCCUGAUCAUCAAUCCCAACACAUCAACAUCCAUGACAGAGGCACUGGUUCCACUACUAGACUCCCUGGCCUAUCCACCCGGCUUCGUGAAGUACACGUUCUUCACAUCACCAGCCACGCCAGCCGAGGGUAUCAAUGUUGCGAAAGGCGAACCUGAACCGCGAGCAAUCCCGUCCAUCAAUUCCCAUGAGGAUGCGGACGAGUCGGCGAAGUUCUGUCUCCCGUAUCUCCAGCCUCUGCUCGCAGACCACGAUGCUUUCCUCGUCGCCUGCUACAGCCAACAUCCGCUGGUCUUCCAAUUAAAAACACUGUGCGCCGCACUCGACGGCCCCAAGAAAUACGUGACUGGGAUCUUCGAAGCCAGUGUCCUGGCCAGUCUGGCCCUGACGACCCACGAGCCCGAACCGCUUGUCCCUGAAAAGGACAGAUCUCGGUCAUACCAAAACGAGACCUUCGGCAUCGUCUCCACCGGGAAAAUCUGGGAGGAGAUACUCGGGCACGCGGUCGACAAGUUCCUCAGCCUUGGCGAGCAGCGAGUCGGAGCGGAGAGACACUCGCGCUUUGCAGGAGUCGAAACUACCGGUCUGAACGCUACGGAUCUCCAUGACCUGCCCGCUGAUCAGGUGCGGGUCAAGAUGAUCGAGGCGACGAAACAAUUGUUGAGAAAGUCUUCGUCUGUGGGAGCUAUCUGUCUGGGUUGCGCUGGAAUGGCUGGCUUGGAUGAUGCGGUCAGGCAGGCUUGUGUUGAGGAGCUGGGUGAGAGUUUGGGUGGCCGGGUUCGCAUUGUCGAUGGCGUCAAGGCUGGUGUCAGUAUGCUGGUGGGUUUGGCCAUGGCUGGGUUUUGA